UGAUUAUCUCGGCUUUCGGUUCGGAAUCCUGUUUCUCUUUACUUCAUCUAUAACCAAUGAUAAAAGCAACUUUUUACUAACCAAUAUCUUAUUCUGUACUUUUCUCGAAGAAUUUUCCAUCAUCUUCUUCAGCCGGUACCUCCAUUUUGUUUAUUUCAACAGCGGAGAGUAUCAAGAUAUCGCGGAAAUUAUAUUACUCAGCAACGUUUAGCUUUUUAAUAAGAUAGUGACCAUUAAAAAAACAUGUCUCACGGAGGUAGAAAUGAGUGUAGAAUUUAUGUGGGCAAUUUGCCACCGGAUAUAAGAACAAAAGAUAUUCAAGAUCUUUUUUAUAAGUUUGGUAAAGUUACAUUUGUUGACUUGAAAAAUCGCAGAGGUCCACCAUUUGCUUUUGUUGAAUUUGACGAUCCAAGAGAUGCGGAAGAUGCCGUACAUGCCAGAGAUGGCUACGAUUACGAUGGUUACAGAUUGAGAGUUGAAUUUCCAAGAGGUGGUGGACCUAGUAAUAAUUUUCGUGGAGGUCGUGGAGCAGGGGACACUGGUAGAGGUGGCCGUGGUGAAAUGAGUAAUUCUCGUGGACGUGGUCCUCCAGCUAGACGAUCUCAGUAUAGAGUUCUUGUUACCGGUUUACCACCAUCUGGAAGUUGGCAGGAUCUAAAAGAUCAUAUGCGAGAAGCUGGUGAUGUGUGCUUCGCGGAUGUUUAUAAGGAUGGUACUGGUGUUGUUGAAUUUUUACGAUAUGAGGAUAUGAAGUAUGCUGUAAAGAAAUUGGACGAUUCAAGAUUUAGGUCUCAUGAGGGAGAGGUAGCGUACAUACGUGUAAAAGAAGAUCACAACAGUGGUGACAGAGGACGUAGUGAGGAUAGAGAAAGGGGUAGAAGUCGUUCGCGCAGCUACAGUCCACGACGUCGUGGAUCUCCAACAUAUUCACCGUUACGGCGUAAUUACUCGCGCUCAAGAUCCCACUCCAAAUCUCGAUCGUACGACUAGUGUGUACGUAUACGUUUCACAUGGUAAUAUAAGUAAAUGUUUAUUGAUAUUUGCUUUACCAUGUUUUAUUAUUGCUGAUUUAAAAUUUGAUUAUGGAAACUUCAAUCCAAUUAGACUUUGUAAGAAUUAUGAAAAUAGCUUUUCUGACAUUGCUAGAAUAUUUAAUAUUCUAUUUAACACAUGGAUUGGGCACAUUCCUAUUGUAUGGAAAACAUAAGCAUAAACAAAUUUGCAACUUUUCUUUUUUUAAUUUGGUGAUUGUUGAUAGUUGAAUCAGCAAUAAUAUGAUAUAUCAAAUAAUCAUAAAGUAUAAUAAGUUUCAAUAGCAAGUUUCAUAAUAACAGUGAAAAGGAAUUGUGCUCACAAUCGACUAUUAAUCAAGAAUUAUGCAAAGCUAUACCGGUUAGGUCACUUGUACAUUAUAAAAUACAUUCCUUUAUAUUUUCAAACUGGUUCUCUUCACAAUUACAUAUAAAGCAUGUAACAAUUUUAAAGUACCGUUAGUAAAGAGAUUGGCGAUCCACCUUCAAUGAUCAUGCAUUGAUUAAUGAUAUCUGCAACAGAAUGUUUGAUGCUUCCAAACAACCAGUGUAAUUAUUCAUACUCAAUGAUCUGCAGUAUAUUUCUUAAUGACACACUAGUUACUGUGGAAUCCGGUAGGCAUAUUACAGUACCAAAUCCAGUGUGUGAUUUUUUUAUCAUUCAUAUUUAUUUAUCAACAUUCGUAAAAAUAAACAUAUUACACAGAAAUUUGUCUAACCUAUUAAGAUUUAAUAUUUUUUUUUUUACUUUUAAUCUUAGUCUGCUUUAUAAUUGAACUUAUGGCAAAAUUAUAGUUCUAUAUAUGAGAUAAGAAAAAUAAACUCUAAAAUUAAAUCGCUUAAAUGAAACCAUUUCUAUAGACUGAAGUAGAUAAAUUGAAAUAUUUUUUCAUUUCUAUAUCACUUUAAUAAUAACGAUAAAUAAAAAGUCAUUCAAUUGAGAUAAAUAACUAGAACAUCAAUUUGAGAUAAAUAACUGCAGUAUUAGAAGCAUAGUUUUGAUAAAAACAUUCUGUCCUUCGAUUAAAAUAUGUAUCAUUUAUUCAAUUAUGUUUGGCAUAUGUGGAUCUUAAUAAAUUAUAUGAAUUGUGUGUCUUUUGAUUAGCUUAUAUAUUAAUUUUGUAGAUUUCAUGGCCUUUCUAUAAUUAUGCCAUUAGUUAAAAUUUUUGUGUUUCAACUUUUCAGUACUAAUAUUUUGUAUUAAAUUUCACUGAAGGUACUGAGAUAUCUUGAUUGUAAAUUAUUGCAUACAAAACUGUUGCAUGCCAUAAUUACUGUUUAUUUAAUGUAUCCUAUAAUCUGUUUUCAUCCACUAUAGAACCAAAUAAUGUUACCAUAAAAGUUUGUGAGAGUGUUUUUUUUCAGCAAAUUUGAUAUAUGCAUACAUAUACAUAAUCUAUAUACACAUUAGACAUUUUUUUCUAACUGCCUAAUUGCCACAUAUAUAAAUCUAUAUUUGCUUUACAACCAUGUAUCUUUUUUUUUUUUAAAGAUACUGAUAAAUUUUGCAUGAUAUGAAUUUUUUUUCUAUAAAGUACAUUUUGUGACUAUUAUAAUAUUCUUCAACUUAUUUCUAUUUUGUUAAAAAAAAAAUAAUAAUAUUCACGAUAUAUAGAAAUAAUUAAAAAAUUGCAAUUAAUUGAUAUUAUUUAUAUUAUACUCAUUAUAGAAACAUUGAGGUAGAGUUUUACACAUUGCUUUUUCAAAUAUUUCAAAUCUCCUUGUUUAUUAUUAUUAUUAUUAUUAUUAUUAUUAUUAUAAUCCACCUAAAUUUGAUAUAAUACUAAUUAUAAUUAUGGGUAGGCAAAUAUGUUAAAACUGUAGAGAUUAUAUUUUCACUGUUUAUUCCUAUUUAAAUUAUCAUAAAAUCUAGAUACUUUUACAUUUGAUGUAGUAUAAUUACAAUUCUUAAUUGUAUAUAAAUAUUCUAAUGAGUAAAUGAAAUGUACAAACUGGACAGUGGUGCAUGUAUGCCUACGGAUAUCUAAUUUUAAAAAUACAAAAUUUCUGUUGAGAUCUGGCAUAAAAGAGUAUCUUACAAAUGUUUAUGAAUAUGAUGAAUUAAGUGAUUGUUGAUGGUAGAUAAUGGUAAAUUUAUUUUACCAUAUAGGAUUGCGAUUUGUAAAAUUUAAAGUAAAAAUUUUCUUAAGUUUUGUUACAAAGAUUUCAAUUGUCCUGACAUACGCACAUAUAAUAUCCAGCUAAAGCAUUUUAUCCACCUGCAUUUCUAUGUUCUUACUGAUGAGAGAGAAAGUGAUCUUUGGCUAAGAAUAUGAUACUGUAAUAUUUGUAAUUCGUAGCAACAUCCUUGAUGUUUUGUUUGGCCAUUUUUACUUUCUCUCAUUUUUUUAUUGUUGGUUUUUUUUCAUAUAUGCUAUUGUAGAUGUGCAUAUAUGUAUGCAGUAGCGUAUUUAAUUUUCAAAAUUAACAUAAAUCUAAAUCAAAUUCACAAUAUCCUAAAAAAUAGAUUCAUAUUGGAUAAAUUAUAUAAUUGCUCAGUUUUUUUCUUUUUCUUUUUUUUUAUCAAUUUCUAUGCUUAUAUACUUUUUUAAUAUUGUUAAAAAUGUUGUUUCAAUGACGCGCGUAAUGCUUAGAAUUACACGUUUUUUAAAACUGCCUUUUGUCCAAUAUGUUUAACAUACAAAUGGAAAAUAAUUGAUUCUUUUGUUUAAUAUCAAGAUAUAUGGCAAAUUAAUCCUGUGAUCUUACUUUUUUUUAAAUUUGUAAAAUACAUUUAAAUUUCAAUUUCACAUACAUUUCCUCUUGUUAUCAGUUGAAAUUUAACUCUAUUACAUAUGUAUUAUGUAGAUAUUUUCAUUAAAUUAACUAAUUUAGAUCACAAGGAUUAUGUUUGCACUUGUAAUAUUUAUGUUUAUCUUUAACUAUUCUUGUCUAAGAGACUAAUGUAUUUUUUCUUCUUUUGUAUAUUGGAUUGGAUUGUAACACAAUGAAUGAAAAACUCAAAUCGACACGAUCUUACUUCUUGGAUGGAUAUAAUACACGUUCGUGCUUGACGGUGGGAUAAAAUGGAAUGCGUUUUGGAUGGAUUUUGUGUGGAGCAUAAGUUAUAAAAGGAUUAAAUGAGAAUCAAAGUAAUGAGACAUUAAGGAUACUUUCAAGAGGAAUUUGAGGAUCAGGAAAGGAAUGAAUUAAGGGUGCAGUGCAUUUCAUUCGAGGAUUCACAUUUAGCUGGAUUUUCAUCAGGAAACGUUGGCAAAUCCAUUACAAGGAGUCAAAUCGAUCGUCCAUAUUUUUUUGUUUCGAAUUAUAUUUAAAUUAUGUUUGCUUGUGCCUAAAAGUGCUGUUAUGUCGGUGAAUGAAAAGGAAAAAAUAAUGUGAACUUUCAGCAGUUUCAACAUUCAUGUGCUUACAAGUUUUCUUAGAUUGAGUGUUAUGUUAUUCAUCAAGUUCUUGCUGGCAAUACUGCUUUUUUAAAUUUAUUCAUUACUUUGUGAACGGUCAAACUGGUAAUGGAAUGUCAACUUAUCUUUUUUGCUUUAAAAAGAUUUAUUAACAGGAUAUUAUCAUAACAUCAUAUUAAAGUAUUUUUCGAUCGAGAUGUUAGCUGCCGGAAUAAUGAAGUAGUUUUCUUUUUUCUUCGUGAUAAUAAAUCACAUAUUUUGCCAGAUAUUCUUAUUAAGACAAACAAAUAACAAAUAUUACUUGGAUUGAAACAUUUUAAGUAUAGGCAUAUGUAGGACGAUGUUUUACAUGUAUAACAGUAUAGGUGUAUUCGAUUGGGACAGUCUUUCCGCGAGAACAUUUACGAGAGAUAGUUGCCCUGAUAAAUUAUUGCGUAUGAUGUUAAUUUCAUUUUGCUUAUUUCUAUCAGCAAUUUUUACUAUUCUCAUGGUUUAUACCAGCAUCUCUUACCAAUUGAAACUAAGUGAAACUUUUUUUAUCUGUGCAACAUAAUUAAUUCCAACACAGUAAGCAUCUUCGAAACUUAGUGUAUGAAGAGGAUUUGAAAAGACAAUUUUUCUUCUUGGACUACAUCCAUAGAUUUAGAGAAACUCAAUAUCCUGAAAUUAUAUUUUACAACAAACAUGGCUCAAGGACAGGACUUGGCAUUAGGAUUGCUGGCAGGAUAAAUUAGUAUACGUGGAGGAUUUUUGGAAUUGGAUAAUUUAAGUGAAAAUAUUGGACGGAUUUUAUUGAGAGGAUGACUUGGAUUUAUUAUAUGAACACUGUCAGUAUGAAGGAUGGAUUUGGAUAUCAAAUGUUAUCAAUUGAAAGUGUCUCAGUAUAGUGGUCUUCGCAUCUCAUAGGGUUCAUGGAAAUCUCCUAGAUCGCAUAUGAUGGGAUUUGGAUCUGCAUUUAGUGGAAUCUGUGCAAGAUUAUCAGAUUUCGUUGACAUAUGAGGAUAACAAAAGUGAUUUCUGUAAGGUAUUUAAAGUAAUUUCUAUUUGAGAUAUCACUCGGAUUCAUUAGCGCGCAUGCUCUUCUACAGUAUUCAUUAUAAUUUGUUAUCUUUGAUUUUGGAAGUUCAUAUUGCUCGAAAUAGCAUUAACUUAGUACCUUAGAUUAUUUGCUUUAAAUCGGUAUAUUUGUAAUUUUAUUAUUUUAAUAAUUAUUUCUAUUCAUAUGCAAUCUUAUCAUCUGUUUUUACAUAAGCACUAAUUUUAAUCAUUAUUUUAAUGCUUCAAUAAAAAAUGUGCUUGUUAACAUUUACUUUACAUUGCAAAAAUCACAGAACGUAUAAUGAUUGAAAAUUAUCGUGUAGAAAUCAUCCUAUAUCUCAUAAAGACACAAAUAGUGUCGCAGUGAUAUUUCAGUUAAAUGAAUUUUAUCAUUAAAUAGCAAUCUCCUACUAUAAUCGAAGGUUUAAAAAUAAUCCAAUCAUUGAUAGGUAUUCAUAAACUUGAUGCAAGCAUACAACUGUCAUAUAUUCGAAGCAGAGUUAAUAUGCAUGUAUCUUUAGUAAUUUGCAACAAUUUUCCAAUAAUUACAUGAAUAAAACUCUUAGUAAAACUUUCAGUUAGUAAGGUAAUCUGAUAGCAGGUAUUUUUUUGAAGCUAAUAUUUUGAAUGUUUCCUCUUGUGUGUCUUUAAUUGAAACAAUAGAUCGAUAAUGAAUUUAAUCUUCCUAUUUAUACUUUCAUAUGAUAUAAAGUAGCUACCAAUUGCAUAUUGCACUAUUUGUUUUAAUGAUUUUUCAUCUAUUAAUAAAGUCUAAUGUACAUUCCAUAAACUUUAAUGAUCCAUAUUCCUUUUUAUAUAUAUGCAAAACAAUUUCAAACAAUAUCGUGAACGUUGACUUCCCAAACUCAAUAAACACUACUGAGGGACUCUUUGAUAUCAUACUGCAUAUAAGUAGUGAAGAUACGUACUUAACAAAAAUUAUUUGGAACGCCGACGAUCACGAUAAUCUUUCCCUUUCUUUUUAUUCCAUUGUAGUAUUUCUUUAAUUUUGAGGGAUAGUACUCUAGGAUAUAUAAUUGAGUUAAUUAUAUUCUUUUUGUAUGCUCUUAUUAUAGCAGACUUCAUAAUUUAUUUCAUUUAAUUUUAAUAAGUAACACACGUAUAUACAACACAAAAUCUCUGUCCUUUUUUCUUUUUUCCUGAAGUUUAUAUAAGUAUCUAAAUUGCCAAAAGAAAAUUAAGUAAACCAAAAUUAUAUUAUGAAUCUCAUAAAUGCACAGUAUACAGAUGAUAAAAGUAUUGUAUAUCUCUUCUACACGUUCACCUUAGAUUUAUUCAAUAAUUUUUCAAGCUGUUUUAUCAAAAGUACAUGUAUCUCAUUUUUUGAGAAUAUUGCUAAUGAUGAACUUUUUCUAUAAAUAAAUGUUUGUGACUAUUGCUUUGGCAUUCUAGAAUCAUGAUAUAAGCUUAAGAUGACUUGCCUUUUGUAGAAAGUCUGAUUGCUAGGAAAUAAGCACGUGGAAAGUUGUGUACAAUCACAUAUAACAAUCCUAGAUACAUGACAAUGGCAACAGUAAGGAAAAGAUCAAAAACAGCUGGUUUUACACUGAAAUGAGGACAAUGAUUUAAAUAAGAUUAAUGAUUACUUUUUAUAUGUAUAUAUAAAAUAUGAAUUGUUACCUGUAUACAUUUAGCACUGCUUUAGUAACAUCAUAAAAUAUAAACUCUGGAUCCUGCUUAUCAGGACCAUGAAGUGUGAUUUUAACAUCUCCGAGAUAUCGUGACAUAGAUUCUUUCAAUGUAGCAAUUAAUAUAUUAUUUUUAUCAACUAAUAAUGGAGCAGCUCUUGGUUGAGAUGCCAAGUACGUAAACCACAAAGACAAUGAUUCUUUAGAUACCUCCUGUGUAGAAAGAAUAUAUGCACAAUUUAUAAAUAUUUAUUUAUCAAUGAAUAAAUAUAUUUCAUUUAGUUAAAUAGAAGAAGAGCAUACCAAAGAUUCCGCAAAUAUAUGAUUAGAGCUUAGAUUGUAAAUGUGCCUUGCUAAUGCCUCUGCAAUCACUUGAGUGUGUUUAUACAAUCUAUCGGUUUGUCCUUCUUUCAUUAUAUCCAAAAUUGUAUUUCUGGCAGGAUCUUCAUGGCUUUUCAAUGUGGACAGUGUUGCUGCUGGCAAUCUUCUAAUGCUAAAUCUUUCGUGUUCCCAAGCUAAUGUUUCUUCUGCAAGAUUUAUUUUCUUAUGUACGCCUUCAACAUGUACUGUAUUCAAAGAAUCUGCUACUGAUUUUAAUUCUUUAUAAAACAUUCCUCCAGAGGAAUUUUCUUUUGGUGGUUUCGAGACAUGCACAUAGAGAUUAUUUGUUGCAGAAACUGUGUCAAGACAUAUAACAUAGGCUGCAUCCUGAAAUGAAUUGCAUUUUAGUUGUAUAUGUUGUUAAAAUAAUACAAAUCGUCUAUAUGUUAAUGCAAGAAAAUAUUACUUGAAUAACAGAUCCUUCUAGUCCAUCCAAUUGAUCUUCCAACCAUUUUUUACUACCUUGAUAAUUUAAUUUUCCUGCUCCAGUAGCAAUGAAAACAAGAUUGUAGUGGGGUCUUGACCGUCCAGUGGAGUACAACGCAGAGAACAAUCUAGCCAAUUCUAAUAACAUCGCCACUCCAGAUGCAUUACUGUCUGCUCCAAAAGAUAAUUCCUAUAUAUGAGUACAAAAUGUAAAUCUUAUACAACUGUUUUACGAUAAUAAAAGAAAUAAUUUUAGAUAA